CUCCUGCGGUGCCGGAAUAUAAAAUAUUUUUUCCAUCCCUGGUAUUUUCACUCGAAUAACUGUACGUUGAUGAAUUACGUGCGAAAAUGUUUGUUAACGUUCAACUGUAUUAAAAAAAUGUUUGUUUUAUGUUACCCCAGGUUUGGAGUCGUUGACGCUCGCCAACAAACUAAAUGAUCACAUGUUGAAAAUUAACUGUAUCCCUUCGCUAGCUCAAUGUUUGAUUCUCAUGUCAAGGUGGGUAAAAUAACAUAUGCUUGGAUGUGUAUGAAUCAAAUGAUAUGGCAGUUGGUACAUAUUAUAUGUGUGUCUGGAUGACCUGAAAAAUAUUACCAACAGGUGACAUUCCAUAUGUUUCGAAAUGACGUCACAUUGUAUUAGGAUUGGAGUUGAGGUUAGGUACUUAGGUUAGGAUCAAGAUGAGGAUUACAGCUAGAUUGCUGAGGUACCUCUCACAGCCUUAAUGCGCAUUUGAUUGGUUAAUCGGGCUGAUUGGGCAGAUGUAUCUGCAGCCUUAAUGCGCAUUUGAUUCGUUAAUCGGGUAGAUUAGAUCUAUCUGAUUGGUUAAUGGUACUUGGUAAUGGAAGUCAAACUCUGAACCUCUCUAAUCUAGAAAUCGACUCCUUUGUCUCAUGGCUUUCGCAUAUAUUUUUUAGUUCAGACACGAACCUCAACAGCUUAUUGUAGUAAAGUACGAACGCUUGAGAUAUCUUAUUCUAGUAGUUCAGACACAAUUGCAUACCACAGCAGCUUGUUGUAGAAUAGUCUAUGUUUGAAAUAUAUAUUAUUGCGUUAUUUUGAUAUAGAAUCGACGAAUGUUUUGAUGUUUUAAAAGAGUUAAACUACGCUGCUCGAGAGAAAGAUGAUCUGCAUGGUCGAGCUUUGUACUUCUGUAACUGCUUUGAUCUAAUCUUGGAAACAGGUGAGUCCGGCCAGUGACGUGUGUAGUUCUACCGCAGACGAUGUAUUCAUCCAAAUGACGCGCUCUCAAGCCUGCCGCACACGAGAGCAACUUGCUGAGUAAACCCCCUCGCGUGUGCGGAUAGCUUUCGUGUGGAUUUAACCUCCUUUGAGGAAAAUAUCUAUCGUGUUUGAUGCUUUUCACCUGCUUGAAUUAACUCACUUGAGCUGCUUGAGUAAACUAGCCAGAGAGAACCCAUCGUUUCUUUACGUGACUUUGGCCAAAAUGGCGACAAUUGAGGGAAAUGCAAACGAUCUAGUUAUCAACGGCGUUGCUGAUGAGCAGUUUUCCCAGCGUGUGCGGUGAAAGUGCAAAGUUGAGCUAACUGCCACACGAGGCUGUUUAUAUCUCAGCAAGUUUCUCUCGUAUGCGGCAGGUUUUACCGCCAUGGUAGUGCGCAACUGAGCUCACCCCCAAGUAUAUUUAGGAGAAUUAUAGUCUUGUCAUUCUAGGUCAUAUACUGGAGAGUCUUGAUGAUUGUCUUCAGUUUACCGUUCAAACUUCAACAGAUCCUCGUCUUACUUGGGAUUUGAUCGUCAAAUAUUAUCUUAAUGCUUCUUUACUCCUUUGGUGAGUUAUUUUGAUAUAGGUAUUGGGUGUAAUUGUUUAAAUCAAGCUUAAAUCGAUAGCUAGUCUUAUUAGCUUAUCUCUUUCCAAGAAAGAACUUAGUCAAAUUAAUCGAGCAAGAUGGUGGGCGUAACUGUUAAACAAAUGUUAAUUGUUGAUUUAGGCACGCACGUUGUGAAGAGUGGGAACAAGCUGAGAAAAUAUUUAAUUGCGUGAAAGGUAACAAAGUCAGUUAUUUGGUGAAAACUAUACGUGUACGAGAGGGAGGGGCUGAGGGGCGGGGGAGGUUGAAGUCCCCCACCAGUGUUAAGUUGGGCAGAUUCAUGCAUGAUAUUAAUGUUUAUUAGUAAGAGAAAUGGAAGUUCGCCUUCAACCAUAUCUAUGCCUUCAACUGAUGCAACUCUUCUCGCAUGCGACUGACGCGAAAUUGUAAUCAUGCAACUGCAUAUUGCAGGAAUCAAGACAUGCACUAACGAUAUUGUACCGCAAAUACCCCGAUACUCUGCCAGCAACGUUAAACAUUCUCAGUCAAUAAUCAAAGUUGACCGUUUUCUUCUACAGUGACAAAACCAGCUGGAUUCGAAGUGGUGAUGGCGGCCAGGGGGUUUGUCAAAAUUGUUGAGUAUCAUUUACUACUGUUCAGAAAGAAUCAUGGCAAUAAAGUCUUGCGAAAGGAUUGUCGAGAGGUAACUAACACAAUUUAAGUUGUUUAUUGCGCACAUCAACUGGCAACUAAAAGUAAUCUGUAUGGCACAAGGUAACAAAACCUAGGUUCAAAUUUGCAUGUGGAUAUCGGAUCAAAUGCGCUUUACAUCAAGUAUUAUACACUUACCUAAUUGCAUACACGGCAAAAAACGCUGAGCCCGCUGCUCAACAUGAUUGAACAAUGUUUUGCUGCCCACGUUGUUCACACUUGUCAACAAUAUUGAACAGUAUUGUUGAGCCUGAAUCGGGUGUAACAACAUUGUUCAAUAUUGUUGACAGCUAUGAACAAUGUGGGCAGCAAAACAUUGUUCAAUCCUGUUUUCAUCAGUAUUGCAUCAACCUGAGCGUUUUUACGCGUGUACUUAGCCUAGACUACACGCGUAAAAACGCUCAGGUUGAUGCAAUAUUGAUGAAAACAGGAUUGAACAAUGCUUUGUUGCCCACAUUGUUCACAGCUGUCAACAAUAUUGAACAAUGUUGUUAUACACCCGAUUCAGGCUCAACAAUAUUGUUCAAUAUUGUUGACAAGUGUGAACAACGUGGGCAGCAAAACAUUGUUCAAUCCUGUUGCCGUGUAUUUUAUCUUUACAACAAUUGUGAUAUUACUUUCUUAACUAUGUUUAUCCUAACCCACCCUGUCAACCAGGGUUUUAGCCAGGAUUUCGAAAGUGGCCGUCCAAAAUAAUAUUGUGGGCGUGGCCACAUGUUUUUGGGCGUGGCCGCAAUUUUUUGUUGUUGUGGAAUUGUGGUGUUCUAUUCAUUGAACCUUUUUACUUUUAGUUUUAGAUACACAUUUCCGUUAUUAAAUUAGUAAAAGCACACGUAUGGUAUGAACCGUAUGAUCACUACGAUGUACAGUAUAUGCUAUAAUGAAGAACGCAAUACAGCAGUGUAGUGUUUAGUUAUUUUUAUCAAUCACCGAUAUUUUUCCCCUUUUUUAUGCGUUUGGCUCAUUUUGUAGCCAUCUUUACCGUAAGUAUAACUCUAAAGCAUGUGGCGCUCGAGCGAUAGCGUUUGUCGAUACUUCAAUUCAGCCAUAUUCAACGUGUUUUCGACGGGAAAAAAUAUAAAAAACAUAUGCCAUAAGUAAAGUAAACAGCAGAUGACAACAAUUCGAAGUAUUCAAGAAAUAUUACAAAGCUUGUAAAUUGCUAUUUAAAGAAAAUAUUCCCUUAGGCCGUCCAUGGCCGUCCAUUAAAAUUUAGCCGUCCGAAUUCAGAAGUGGCCGUCCAUAGGACGGUCGGACGGCCACCUGGCUAACACCCUGCUGUCAACUUAGUUGCCCUGUGGGCAAGGGUGGGUUGUAGCGAAGUAGUUGUAGUUCGCUACUGUAGCGAACUACAAUUUUCAAGUAGCCAGUAGUUUUUGACUACUUUUUUAAAACAGUAGUUGUAGUUAUAGCGAACUACAUUUUGCCUAAAAGUAGCCAAGUAGUUGACUACUUUUCAAACAGCGAAUCGCUAUUCGCUACUUUUUAAAAUUGUUAGCAACUUGAUAGAAUAGCAUGAUAUUGAGACACGGUUUUCUUAAAAUCAAUACUCAAUAGUCAAUUUGCACUCUUGAACACUGUAGUGCUUACAAAAAUGUUGCUUUGUGUUUACUGUUGCUACUCGUAAGUCAAUUUGUUAUAGAUUACAUUACAGCCUGAGUUAGUACUUAGUAGAUGCUCCAAAUAUAGUAAAACUAAAAAUAUAGUGUAGCGAAAUAGCGAAAUAGUUCGCUACAUUUUCUAAGCAGUAGCUGUAGUCAGUAGCGAACUACUUUUGUUCAAAAGUAGCAGUAGUUGUAGCUGACUACAUAUUUUUGAAGUAGCUGUAGUUAUAGCGAACUACAAAAAUUGUGUAGUCAACCCACCCUUGCCUGUGGGUGGAAACAGAGCACCUGAAGAAAACCCAUGACUGUCGGCAGAACGUUGACUGACUCUUUUUACAUGAGUGCGAAGCGAAAAGCGAACCCACUGUCUCAGAAGUGAAAGGCCCCUGGAGGGCCACCGAAGCCCAACUGAACACUGUACUUCGUUCUGUUUAGGCUUUAAAGCAGCUGUCCCAAAUCUGCAACCGUUUUGUGGUGUUGAAACCACGUUACUACCAUCUGAAGGCGUACUUUAGCUUGCUACGAGGAAAGUUUAGUAAAGCAAAGGGUCGUUUACUUCCACGUUGUAUUGAGCUGAGCACGCACAUGGGUAUGGUGAUGGAAACAGAGUGGGCAAUAUUGAGUAAGCAUGAAUGGUUCGAUGAAAAGAAGACCAGUUCAACCUUUAUUUACAAUGGACUUGCGAAGUUUCCUUUUCCCAAGUUGGAGAAUGCUUAGGCAUUAAUAACCGUGUUUGAUACGUUACCUGUGAGUUUUAUUCACAAAUUUCAUUUUGUAAAAAGUUGAAAAUUGA